UCGGUGAUCUGAAGUGGGACACAUCGAUUUAUUUUCUUUCCAUCAGAUCAUUUCUCUUUCAAGUCGCCGGAGAGUGUGCAGCGCAGAUCAGGUCCACGCGGAGGAAGCGGGAUUUGUCUCCAAAGGCUGGAAACGUCAUGGGUCUCUUGUUGUUCUCCAGACUGAUACUGAUCAUCUUGGUUUUCAUUCCACAAUGGUCCCUGGGUUGUCCCUCUGGAUGCCGCUGCUACAGCCUCACAGUGGAGUGUGGAUCGCUUGGGAUAAAAGAAAUCCCACAGGGGGUCCCGUUCAUCACAGAGACAAUCUUCCUCCAGGACAACAUCAUAAUGCAGAUCCGUCUUCAGGACCUGAGUCGCCUGAGAAGCCUCCAUUACUUGUAUCUCCAGAACAACAGCAUCUCAGCCUUGGAGCCUGGGGCCUUCCUUGACCAGGGCCAUCUACUGGAACUGGCCCUCAAUGGUAACCUCAUCCACCUGGUCACCCCUGACAUGUUUCGAGGUCUGGAGCACCUUCGUAUCCUCUACCUAGCUGGCAACCAGAUCACUCGCAUCCAGGACCACACCUUCAGGGGACUGCAGCGACUGCAGGAGCUUCACCUGCAGGAGAACAGCAUUGAGAUGCUUGCAGAGCAUGCCUUGUCUGGCUUGUCGUCUCUGGCCCUGUUGGACCUCAGCAGGAAUCACCUUCGCACCCUUGGAGCCUCGUUCCUCAAACCACUUGUCAGCCUGCAGGUGCUCCGUAUCACAGAGAACCUGUGGCGCUGCGAUUGCGCUCUUGGUUGGCUGAGAACCUGGAUCAGUGAAGAUGGACAGCGUCUACUGAGUUCGUCAGAGCAACGUCGGCUGAUGUGUGCUGAGCCCCCCCGUCUUUCCCACCUCAGCCUGGUAGAAGUGGCCCCCAACAGUCUGGUGUGCAUCCCACCUGUGGUGCAGCUCGAACCCAGUCAUCUAACUGUCCGACUUGGAGAAAGCCUCAGAGUCUCAUGCCAGGCCUCAGGAUACCCUCAGCCUCAGGUGACAUGGAGAAAAUCGUCCCAUGGGAAGCCCCAGUUAUCACCUCGAGGUCUGUUCCAAGAGCUGGGCCCCAAUGGGGAGCUGUUCAGGCCUCCAGCUGGGGGAGUGGUGACAGCUCUGCCCAGCAGUAGAGAGAUCAAGGUGGGAGGUGCAGGAGGAAUCCACGGGCUUGUGCGUGGGACUGAGGAAGGAGGUGAGAGGGACAGCUUUGAUCCAGACAUGGGCAGUGGCAUGCUGUUCCUCAGUAAUGUGAGUGUAGCACAUGCUGGGCGCUACGAAUGUGAAGCCUGGAACCCAGGUGGUAUGGCUAGGGUGACAUUUCACUUGGCUGUCAACAUGUCCUCUUCCUCAUAUUCAUCCCAUUUCUGGUCUCGGUUAAACACACACUCUUACGUUUCUUCUUCGUCCAAUUCCCUCUAUCAGCCAGAAGUCCUAGAUGUUAGCCAGGAGCCAUUGUUUGAGCAGGAGAGCAUGGACUUUAAUGCCCUGGGUCCUGCCACGCAGACUGCCAUUGCUAUUGGAAUUUCAUUGUUGGCACUCACUGCUGUUCUUCUCUUGAUAAUGAUCUACAAUCGUCACCAGCAGUACCAAAAAGAGGACAGUGGUUCCUACUGUACCAGCAAGGAAGAGAGCAUUCUCUAUGUAAAAGACUACUCUGAUGGACCCACCACCUUUGCUCAGCUCGAAGAGUACCGUGAUGACCACGGCCAUGAGAUGUAUGUACUCAACAGAGCCAAACCAGUUGUAGGCUCAAAUUCAUCCAGGUGUACCAUGAUAAGUGGAUUUGUCCAACAGAAGGGCAUGAAGGAAGCUCUUCUGGAGCAUGAAAUGGUCCAGACACUGACAAGAUCAGGAGGAAUGGGGAUUUGCAGGAACCCAACAGAAGGUGGAGAGGGGCCCCUAACAACAGAUCCAGAGGAGCUCUUCCUGAGUCAGAAUCUCCUGUUUGGAUCACAAGUUGCCUACGAGAUCCACUGCUGAAGUAUCUUUACUGUUGCUGUCAUGUGAAAUAAAAGGUUGAAGGAUUUUUAUCAAGAUCCUGGAAAUACUCUUGCUGCAAUGAUUUCAUGCAUCAUAUUAUCUGGCUUUCAACAGAGG